GCUAACCAAGUCGAGUCCCGGAUCUUCCAAUUUGCCCGAGAAAAUGUAGAUUUGGCCAACCGUGACCCGCAAAUUGCCCUUUGCUCAAAAUGGUGGACUGAAGGGCAAAAACAGGAGUGUGCUCUGAUCUGUUCCCCAAAUUGUGCCCUCAGCCAACAAGUGUGCUCCCGGGUGGCUCGAGCACGACUCCAGCUGCUACAAGAAGGAGGUGGUGACGCCCAACGGUUGGCUGGGGGCCUGGCACCACUGCGUCCGGAUGGGCGGCGACCUGCUCUCCAUCACCUCCUCGGCCGAGGAGGACUUUGUGAAGGGCACCAUGGGCGAGGACACCCCCUUCUGGCUGGGACUCUCCAACCAGAAAUGCGACAAGUUCUGGUGUCGCUUUGAAGACGGGAGCCAGAAUCUGACCUGGUCCGAUGGCGAGACAAUGAAUCACACCAACUGGGCCUCAAAUCAACUCGAAAGCGCCGACGUUGCAUCCUGCGCCUACGUCAACCAAGGGGGAAGGGGUGAGCCCGGCAAGUGGCGGUCUGGCUCCUGUCUUUCCUCGUUGGCCUACAUGUGCAAACGGCCGCUGAGUAAGCCUGCACGUUUGUAAUCAGGUUGACUUUGAAAAGAG